CUCGCAACCCAAGAUGGCGGAUGAGAGUGAGACAGCAGUGAAGCUGCCGGCACCUUCGUUGCCACUGAUGAUGGAAGGGAAUGGAAACGGCCAUGAGCACUGCAGCGAUUGCGAGAACGAGGAGGACAACAUCCACAACAGGAGUGGCUUGAGUCCAGCCAAUGACACCGGAGCCAAAAAGAAGAAAAAGAAACAAAAGAAGAAGAAAGAGAAAGGCAGCGACAUGGAAUCCACCCAGGACCAGCCUGUGAAGAUGACCUCUUUGCCAGCAGAGAGGAUCCAGGAAAUACAGAAGGCCAUUGAGCUGUUCUCAGUGGGUCAGGGACCUGCCAAAACCAUGGAGGAGGCCAGUAAACGGAGCUACCAGUUCUGGGAUACACAGCCAGUGCCUAAAUUAGGUGAAGUGGUAAACACCCAUGGUCCAGUUGAACCUGACAAAGACAACAUUCGCCAGGAGCCCUACACCCUGCCCCAGGGCUUCACCUGGGAUGCCCUGGAUCUGGGAGACCGUGGUGUGCUGAAAGAGCUGUACACCCUCCUGAAUGAGAACUACGUGGAAGACGAUGACAACAUGUUCCGAUUCGACUAUUCCCCAGAGUUUCUCUUGUGGGCUCUCCGGCCACCAGGUUGGCUCCCACAGUGGCACUGUGGGGUCCGAGUGGUCUCAAGUCGGAAGCUGGUUGGGUUCAUCAGUGCCAUCCCAGCAAACAUCCACAUCUAUGACACAGAGAAGAAGAUGGUGGAGAUCAACUUCCUGUGUGUCCACAAGAAGCUGCGCUCCAAGAGGGUGGCUCCAGUUUUGAUCCGAGAGAUCACCCGGCGGGUCCACCUGGAGGGCAUUUUCCAAGCAGUUUACACUGCAGGAGUGGUGUUGCCAAAGCCUGUCGGCACCUGCAGGUACUGGCAUCGAUCCCUAAACCCUCGGAAGCUGAUUGAAGUGAAGUUCUCCCACCUGAGCAGAAAUAUGACCAUGCAGCGCACCAUGAAGCUCUACCGACUGCCAGAGACUCCCAAGACAGCGGGCCUACGACCAAUGGAGAAGAAGGACAUUCCAGUAGUGCACCAACUGCUCAGCAGGUACCUGAGGCAGUUUCACCUCACCCCAGUCAUGAACCAGGAGGAGGUGGAACACUGGUUCUAUCCUCAGGAGAACAUCAUUGACACUUUUGUGGUAGAGAAUGCCAACGGUGAGGUGACUGAUUUCCUGAGCUUUUAUACACUUCCCUCCACCAUCAUGAACCACCCAACCCACAAGAGUCUGAAAGCUGCGUACUCCUUCUACAACGUCCACACCCAGACCCCUCUUCUAGACCUUAUGAGCGACAUGUGA